GUUUUGACGAUGCGCCAAGUGACUGCGCAAUCGUCAACAGUGGCAAAACAGGGAAACCAGAGUACCGACUGACGUCCUGCACAACAGAGAUUCACCUUCAUCAUGGCAUUGAGACUCGCUGUGUGUCGUCUCUUGGUCAACCCUCACAGAUGUGCCAUCAUCUCAGCUUCCAGAGCACAGGGAACUGCAGCAGCUGCCAGAAGGGAUGCAGAGAAGACUGAGCCGAAGACUAAAACACCCAAGGUCCAGUUCAACUGGCGUGAUGGCCUGAACCUGGAGGGCCUGCUGACGGAGGAGGAGGUCAUGAUCAGAGACUCUUUCCGGACCUACUGCCAAGAGAAACUCAUGCCUCGCAUCGUUAUGGCAAACAGAAAUGAAGUGUUCCAUAGAGAAAUUGUGUCAGAGAUGGGAGAGAUGGGUGUCCUGGGCCCUACCAUUAAAGGUUACGGCUGUGCUGGGACAAGCUACGUGGCCUACGGUUUGAUCGCCAGAGAAGUAGAGAGCGUGGACAGCGGCUAUCGCUCGGUCAUGAGCGUGCAGUCGUCGCUGGUCAUGCAUCCCAUUUACGCCUACGGCACAGAGGAGCAGAAACAGAAGUACCUCCCCAGGCUGGCUCGGGGUGAGAUCCUGGGUUGCUUUGGCUUAACGGAGCCGAACCACGGCAGCGACCCAAGCAGCAUGGAGACCAGAGCCAAGUACAACCCAUCCAGUCGCACCUACUCUCUCAGUGGCUCAAAGACCUGGAUCACAAACUCCCCAGUAGCAGACAUUGCUGUCGUCUGGGCCAAAUGCGACGAUGGGAAGGUCCGCGGCUUCAUCUUGGAGCGCGGCAUGAAGGGCCUGUCGACGCCAAAGAUUGAGGGGAAGUUCUCCCUGAGAGCAUCCGCCACCGGCAUGAUCGUCAUGGACGAGGUGGAGGUCCCCGAGGAGAACAUGCUGCCUCAUGUCUCCGGUCUAGCUGGUCCUUUUGGCUGCUUGAACAACGCUCGCUACGGUAUCGCCUGGGGCGCUCUGGGUGCAGCUGAGUUCUGUUUCCAUGCUGCUCGACAGUACACACUCGACAGAAUCCAGUUUGGCGUGCCACUGGCAAGGAAUCAGCUGAUGCAGAAGAAAAUGGCCGACAUGCUGACGGAGAUCACCAUUGGCCUGCAGGCCUGUCUGCAGCUGGGAAGACUAAUCGAUGCUAAAAGAGCCGCCCCAGAAAUGAUCUCCAUGCUGAAGAGGAACAGCUGCGGUAAAGCCAUCGACAUCGCCAGGCAGGCCAGAGACAUGCUGGGAGGAAACGGGAUCUCUGACGAGUACCACAUCAUCCGCCACGUCAUGAACCUGGAGUCUGUCAACACGUAUGAAGGUACCCAUGACAUCCACGCCCUGAUCCUGGGCAGAGCCAUCACAGGACUGCAGGCCUUCACUGUGGACAAAUAGAUCCGACCUCUUCCCGUCCAACCAACUGGAUCCUGCUAGCAGAAAUGUAACUCACAUGUCAACUCAUGAGUUCCCAUCUGUAUACAGAGGAUGUUUUUUUUCACUCAAGCGAUUAGAAUAUAUGUAUAUUUGAGUGCUUUAUUUUGAGAGAAAGAACAAGUCAUUAUCUAAGUGUGUCUGAAUUUGAGGACUGUUGUGUAUGUGAUUAAUUCAGAAGUUGAUUUUUCCAACUUAAAGGGCUAUUUUUAUACUCUCAAUCACAACAUUAUCUAUUGCUGAGAUUUUUUCUCAGCUCCCCCUGUUGUAUAAACAAAGUCAAAUUCAUUGUUCAGACUUUCAUGGACGCUACUGUAUUGACGGUUCUGAAUGAGGUAAAGUUCUAGAUUUGCUGCUGGUUACUUUAAAGUUGAUACUGUCAUUUAAAAAGUAAAAAUGCAUAAAUUUCAAUCAAUUGUUACAAAUUGCAUGCGUUUUUAUUGGUGUGAGAGAACAUAGAUGAUAUGAUUACUUUGCACGGUUUGCCAGAGGUCAAGGAUGUAGAUCAGAGCUUAAAUAAAUAAAAGUUACUUAAGUAUAAGGAAUGUGUGAGUUUGAUAUGGUGUGCCAAUCUCAUCUAGUCAGCUGUUAUUUCACUCUCAGUACGACAUAAAUACGAGAUGAUUAAUGAGGGAAGAAAGAAGAACUAAACAUGUUCUGCUGUGUGUGUAUUUCAGUUUGACUUUGUCAAACAGUUAUUUAAACCUGAAAAGCUCAUUUAUUUGAGUAGUCGUGUUCAUAUUUGACACCCUGCAUUUCCCAGACAACGGUCUUUGCCUGUUGAUUCUUUAAAAUAGAUCCAUGUAAGUCUAAAUUUUGACAUGUUUUAAUGUAAUUUUGUCUUAAAUUGUCUCAAGUGUCACAUUUCCGCACAAUUUUGUUGCUCAAAAUUUUGACUUGAAGGGACAAUUCCUUUCAAAGAAACUUACAACUGACUUGAAAUGUCAUAAUUCUGUCUAAAAAAAAUAAAAAGUUGUAAUGUUGACAUAAAGUCAUAAUUGUACAGGGAUUUGUAC